UAGUUUGUGCCCGACAUCAUUGUUAAGGUUGUGUGGACUAUCACUGCGGACUCCAGAGCCGUUUCAAUACAUCAAAACUGUUCAGCAAAAUUAAUAAUUACAGGAGAGGGACAUAUGCAGCGCCCAUGUGCAGAAAUCCGGAGGAACAGUGCGCUGUUUGAGAGAAACUGAGGCGGACAGUGAGAUGGAUGCGGGAAGGCCGGCUCGGGACUGGACACAGCCGUGAGACAGGAAGUCAGUGCUGAUUUACACAACAUUAUAUAUGAGGUUGAAGUGAAGAAGUUACAGCACUCAUUCCAGGCUCGGCUAUACAUCAUCAUCAACAGCGCUCCACAAAACAUCUGCAAUGGCUGCUGUAAAUUGGGAGGAUCCACAAGACUAGUAAUCUGCACUGCAACCCAGAGCAUCCUCCUCUGCUCAUAGGGUACAAUGGCCAACUCUGUUGCUAGCCUGGUAGUCCAAACAGAGCUUCUUCCAAGCCAGACUCCCUCGUCCCUCUCUCCAUUUCCAUCGCUUCUUCCCUCAGUGGAAGAGGAGGAUAACGAUGAAGAGAAAGGUGGAGAAGAAGAGAAAGGGACAGAAACCGUCGUGCUUACGGGAGUCGAGAUGGUGACAUCGUCGACGUCUCCAGGGACGAUGGGCUCCCAAAAUCCUGAACACCCCUUUCAGUGUCUAGAUUGCGGGAAGAGUUUUAAGUGGUCUUCCAGGUUGGCACAUCAUCAGCGUAGCCAUAACAACGAGAGGCCGUAUCGCUGUAACCUGUGUCCCAAGGCUUUCAAAGGCUCAUCUGCUCUGCUUUAUCACCAGAGGUCUCAUUCAGGAGAGAAGCCUUAUAAAUGUGAGGAUUGUGGUAAAGCGUUUAAGCGCUCAUCUCUCCUCCAGGUUCAUCGCAGUGUGCAUACAGGUUUGCGUACCUUCCAGUGUCCCUACUGUCCUCUCACCUUCAAGUGGAGCUCUCACUACCAAUAUCACCUCCGCCAACACACCGGCGAAUGCCCUUAUCCAUGUGACCGAUGUCCCAAAGCCUUCAAGAACUCCAGCAGCCUGCGUAGGCACAAGAACGUGCAUUUGGGUGUCAAGCCUUAUGUCUGUAUGGUGUGCAACAAGGCUUUCAGCCAGUCAACCAACCUAAGGCAACAUAUGCGCAUACAUACGGGCGAGAGGCCAUACAUGUGUGGGGAGUGUGGUCGCAGCUUCACACACUCCUCCAACCUGGCACUUCAUCGCAACUCCCACACCGAGGUCAAGGCUCAGGGUGGGGGGAAGACAGGAAAGGGAGGGUCACAGACGAAUGUGGAGGUGGUGCUCGAGGGGGCGACUUCAGACGAUUUAAAGGCAGUCGAAAUGACAAUAUCGGACAUGGUGGGCCUUGUAGGUGGGCAGGAGGGGGGAACUAGUCAGGUCUUCCUAUCUCACCACGUGCCCUCAUCUUGUACAUCGGCCUCAGCUGAAGGCGGUCAGAACGUCCUGACAGCAACAGGCUCAGAGCAUGUACAGGUGAAUAUGGAGCAGUCUACAGAAACGGGUGCUAACGUGUUGCUGUACAGCUGCGGCAGCUGCAACGAGACAUUCGGAACCCAAACACACCUGGAAGAACAUCAAGCCUUGCAUCUGCACAGCCUGGGGGCAGGGGAUGGGGGCGAAGACAUCAGAGGUGAUGGUAUGGAGGCUCAGGGAGGUGGGGUUUCAUUGGUUGGGAUGGCCCCCUUGUUGGCGGACUUUGAGGAGGUGGUGGAAACCACGACAGUGUCUGAGAGUGGGCAGGGGACAGAACUACUUGGAUUGGGUGGGAUCGGGGAUGGAUCGGGUCAGGUUCAGUAUGACUUGCUGCAGAGCUUCACCAACUCCGUGGCCCAGAUUCCCUCAGAUGACACUACAUCCAUAGUGGACACGACUGUGGCUGCAUUGUCGGAGUGUGCCUACUGCGGGAAAAGCUUCAAGAACAGCAGCUCGAUGAGCAGACACAUAGCACAGGUGCACCCUCUGGCGCUGUCCCAGUCCAGAUCUCAGUUCAGCUGUUCUGUGUGCGACCGCUCCUUCCCCCUGCUCUCGUCUCUUCUUACCCACCAGCUCUCACACACUGAGGAGCAGAGACUGCUGGCCGAGGCAGAGGCCGAGAUAGUCUGCCCUCCUUCACUGUCCCUCUCGCUGCCCCUGUCUUCCUCAUCCUCUGCCAAGAGAGAGGGGGAGGAAGGAGAAAGGGAGAUUCAUGUCAGCCUCAUUGCCGUUACAGAAGAGGGAGAGAAGCAAACUGUGAAACCAAACAACAGGGCAUCAGGGAAGGCAGGAAGGAGAGGAGGCGGGAGCAAGGGCUCUGCUGCAAAUAACGAGAGGCCGUAUCGGUGCUUAGAAUGUGGGAAGUCCUUUAAGGGUUCUUCAGGUUUGCGAUACCACAUGAGAGACCAUACGGGAGAGAGACCGUACCGCUGCACAGAGUGUGGAAAAAGCUUUAAGAGAUCAUCUCUACUGUCCAUACAUCAACGGGUGCACACAGGAGUACGAGCCUUCCAGUGUCCCUACUGCCCUUUGACCUUCAAGUGGAGUUCGCAUUACCAGUACCACUUGCGGCAGCACACUGGUGAGCGGCCGUACGUGUGCCAGGAAUGUGGCAAAUCAUUCAAGAACACCAGCUGUCUGCGGCGGCACAGCCAAUUGCAUUCGGGCGUGCGACCACAUGCCUGCUCUGUGUGCGGCAAGGCAUUUUCGCAGACCUCUAACCUAAAGCAACACGAGCGCACACACUCGGGUGAGAGGCCUUUCCAAUGCGCGCAGUGCCACAAAUGUUUCACACACUCCUCCAAUCUACAACUUCACCUCCGCACACAUUCCUCACGCAAAGACUACAAGUGUCAGCGCUGCGGCAAAGAGUUCGUCAUGCACUCUUACCUGCAACGGCACCUGCGGACGCAUGGCAGCGGUGGAGGGGCUACAUGUACGAAAGAAGCAGGGAAAACCACAAAGAACGGUAGUGGGUCCUCAGAAAUCUCAACUACUACUCUGAAUCUAAACAUGAAUGCAGCAGGAGGGCUCAGUUCUCUGUUUUCUAGUGAAGGGAAUUCCACACUCAUUCUCUCACCAUCAAAUUUGGACAUUCCUCCAAACACGUCACAAAAUUAUUUUAUGAUCCAGACACCCACAGGACUACAGCUGAUCCCGCUGUCCAAUCCAACACCCACACAGCCUGUCCAAGCCCCCCCUCCUCCUCCACCACCACCUCCUCCUCCUCCACCACCACAACAACUGCCAUCCCAGAACUUCCUGCUUCUUCAGUGCCAGUCCUCCAGUGGGAACCAGCCAAGUCUGAUUCUUGUUCCAACAGCAUCCAAUACAAACACUCUUCCUGCUCCCUCAGCACCACAGCCCCUCCCCUUGAUGCAAACCAUACCAGCACUGCCACAGAUAGCCACUUUAGCUCCAGCUCAAACCCAGAUAUCACAGUUUCAGCCACUCCAGACGCAGCAGAGGUUUAUUUUUACCAACAGUAGUGCUCCCCUCGUCACUGCCCCACCCCAAAACACAACCGCCAUUACUAGACCGAUUUUAGGACCGCUUAGCCACACCAGGAGCCCUAGAACCAGGCGUGGGCGCAAAGCUAAAACUCAGAAAUCUGGGUCCUUGGUGCAGACAGCAUCUGUCACAGCGACUCCUCAAGGAUUAGUACCUUCUACUAUUUCAACAACCACAACUGCUGCUUCUGUUGCGUCUUCUACAACCAUGUCCCGGGAACAUAACGUUCCAACAUGUGUGCCACCACUGAGUUCAUAUAAUGUGCCUGACGCACCCUCUGGCCCUGCUACCGUCACUGUAUCAGCAAUGGCCCCAACUCCACCCCCAACAGACAGCCACUGUAUUCUGACAGGCGACCACCAAAACGCUUCUGCUGCAGAGGAAGUGGAGAAACUUCCAGAGCCACUACCAGAGGAGCGCUUUGUCCUGUGUUUUGAGAAGGAGACUGAGGAGAGGGAGCAAGGAGACGAAAUGGAGGUGAAGGUGGAAAUGAACGAAGGGGUGGAGGGAGAAAGGUCAUACGUGUUACAUUUUGAAGGAGAAAGCGAACAAGGAGAAGAAGGAAGUGAAGCGAGCGGGGAGAAAUCCUAUGUUCUCCGAUUUCAGUCAGAGGAAGAGAUGGAGGGAGAUGGAGACAAGGAGAAGACUGGGAUGGUUUCUCUUAACUUGCUUCAGGAUUGGAGUGGCGCAAGGGAAAGUGAAAGAAUGGAAGGGUUUGAAGAAGGUGUCGGGGUGGAAGAGAAAGCAUUUGUUCUUCAUUUCCAAACAGAUGCACCAAGUGAUGAAGACGUCCCACCAAAUGCUGACUUUCCUGAAGGCUCGGGUGAAGAUUUAGGUCUUUCUUGCCAUCCUUCCCAAACCUUAAUGCCUCUCGGUGGACAGGAAGUUGUGUUUGAAUUAGGCAGCGAGGCCAAAAUAGAUGCGGACACAGGCAGCGGGGAAAGCGUUCAAAUGAUUGCAGUAAUAGAAGGUGGGGGCAGUAGUUCUGACACGGGGGGCAGUUUUACGAGUCCUGGCGGAGUCACUGGGACAGGAGCAGGGCAAAUGGGGAGCAUAUUUCAGUUAGAGGGAGGAGAAGGUAUUGUUAUUAUUGAGGUUAGUACCAGCAGUUUGACAGAGGGAACAGAAGGCGUUUCGGUAGGAUUAAGGAACAUGGACAAAGAAGGCACUGCAUCACAAGAAAUGGCAUCAGAGGAACAGAAGAUGCUAGAAACUGAGAGCAGACUAUCAGCCAGUGUGAAUGGGACCUAAGACUAAGCUCAGAAGGAAUGUCAAAACGCAACACGUACAUGGUCCUACUAAUCAAUGCACACUACUAACUACCAGCAACCUGAGUCUUUGAUGACGCACUGAUUUUUAAUGAUGCCUUUUAUGAUCCAGAUGACUAAACCUAAAGCAGUCUGACUUUCAGCUAUCAGGAAAGUGAAAUGGAGGGUUAAGGCCAUGCUUUAUAGCAAGAAUUGACAGGCAAAUGCAUGGCAAAAAUGCUUUUGGUGCAAUGGUUGAUUUUUUUUUUUUUUUUUAAUAAAUAAAUAUGUUGUCCUCUUCCUUCAGUGUGUGGGAGUGUUCUGAGCACUGCUUUACCUAGAUUAAGGUGAGAGUAACUCAGCAGCCCAUAGAGGGAGUCGUUUCAUAGACCACACACAAAAGAUAUGACUUUUUUUUUUUAAUAAAUAUUACUCUUAGAUGAUGAAUUGAGGAGGAGCUGCUGAAGAAUGUUGGACAACUGUAAACUAAUAUGCUGUCAUGUUGACAGCUAAAGUGUAACAUGAACUGUGAAU